AUGGACCUCCAUUUCUCCUCUUCUCAACUAAUUCAUGCUCAAACAAGGUUGCUGCACAUUAAUGAAACUUGUAUGCUCACAGUAGUAUAUGGAGAACACACCUUCAUGAAUCGAAGACAAUUGUGGGCUGACCUUAUUCAGCUCUCCUCAUGUGAUCUCCCAUGGCUUGUUGCUGGGGAUUUUAAUGCGAUUAGAGAUCCAGACAAUAGAGUGGGCAGUUCCACCCUGUGGAUUCCAGCUUUUGAUGAAUUUAAGGAAUGUCUCGACCAUGCGGGACUGGAGGAUCUCCGUUAUGUUGGUUGUAGAUACACAUGGUCGCACUCCUCAGGUGCCAACCGGAAAAUGCGUAAAAUUGACCGAGUACUUACCAAUGCUAGUUGGUCUCAAAUCUUCUCCUACUUGGAAGCUAACUUCCCUCCACCCGGUAUUUCGGACCAUUCUCCUAUGGUGAUCAAGAUUGUUCCACCGUCUACUUCGAACAAGCCUUUCAAGUUUUUCAACUUUUGGGCUUCUCAUCCAACGUUUCUGGAUCUAGUCACUCAAGUUUGGGAUAUGCAUAUUGAGGGUACACCUAUGUUCAAUGUUUGCUGCAAACUUAAAGCUCUUAAGUCUAAGCUGAAACAUUUGAACCGUUGUUCCUUCUCGGAUAUUUCCACAAGAACAGAACAGGCUAGAUCGGACCUAUUCAUUGUUCAGACGGCCUUGGACUCGAACCCCUUCGACCAGAGCCUUCUUGCAAGAGAAAUGGAGCUUCAAAGAAUAUUUUCCGACCUAAGACUUCAAGAAGAAUCCUUUUAUAGGCAAAAAUCCAGAAUCCGUUGGAUUAAGGAAGGGGAUAUGAAUACCAAGUUCUUUCACCACCAUGUCAAUCAUAGACGUAUUCAUAAUAGAAUUUUGUCCGUUUCAUCAGACGAUGAGGAGUUUAUUACAGAACCAUUGGCGAUUAGAAAUCAUAUAGUAUCUCACUUUCAUCAACUACUCACCGGCAGCUCUUCCACUGUUCAGACCUCAGUCCGGGAGGUGAGUGGUUUUAUUGACAAGACCUUAGAUGAAAAUCAGUAG